UACAACACACCACCUGUCAAAGGCGCAUGGUUAUCAAAUAAAUAAAUAUAUUCGAAAGGAUUAUAAAYAAAUAUACGAAAUAAAUUUAAAUCCUGGUUGAAAGGGGAACUACAAAUUAAUAAACAUGGGAAAAGUCAAGAAAAACAUCCGCAUGAAAGCCAAGGCUGCAGUAUCAAAAGCUGCUACUGCCACCACCAACAUUAAAUCAAAAAUACAAAAUGUUGGCAAGAAAGAUGAUACGAGUGUCCUCGAGGACAAACUUCUCCUAACUAAGACGCCUACCAAGAAAAAAGCAAUUACCAAACGCGAGAAGGUGCGCCAGAAACAUAAACAUCUAAUGAAUAAAUUCGCACUGAUAAAAAAGCAACGUAAAGAGGAAGCAGCGCGCAAAAAAAGAGAAAAGACGGCGGUUAUAGGUGACUUGAAACCCCUAAAAGAUGCAUUACCCUCCUUAGAUGAACUAUUUAAAUUAAGUAAACAAUCUGAUAUUAAAACGGGAAUCAAACACAUCGAUGAGCCGAAAUGUAAGGAGAAUCUAAAAGAUGAUAAGAAAUUGAAUGUUAAGCAAAAGUUGAAGAAAAAGAAGGAGAAAUUUGUACGACAAGUUAGCUCUUAUCAGGCCCUUCUCAAGGAUCCAGAUUUUAAGAAAAAUCCUCGUGAUGCAAUUUCCUAUCAUAUAAAAUAUACACGUGGACUUAUAGAUUAAUAAAGUAGAACUAACUAUAUACAUACAUAUUAUAUGUAUACAUACAUUGUGUUUAAAAACAUAUAUUAACCUUUAUACUAUACAUCGUCCCUUUUUUCUUGUAUUAAAUUGAUUGUUAAAAUAUUGCAAUCGUUAACUGACGGUUUCAGAAUGUUACAAUUUUUUAUUGAAUUUUUAAUAUCGUCGCAGAAAUCAAACUAGAAAAAUUCGAUUUUAUCAUAUCAUUUAUUUAUACUAAUCUUGGGGAYGAGAAGAUUUUUGUAAUGAGUUUUAUCAUUUAUUUGGAUUUCACUUCAUUCUUACAUGAGCCAAGUAAUUGUUCUUAACUAUUUUAGAUCUACAAGCAUAUGAAACUUAAUUUAGUAUGGAUGUAUGUAUGCUCUUGAGUAAAUUAAAUAAAAUUAAUUGUUUUUAUCACUUAA